AUGUAUUUAGAUGAAAUUCUGUCAUCUGGUAUUUUCAAAAGUCAGAUUACAACACUUUUAAUUACGACGAAUAAAAGUGAUGAUCAUCAUGAGGCACCAUUGUCAGUGGAAGAAAUAUGUGUUGAUAUCUUCAAUGUUUGCACGCGUCUGACGGCUUUAACAUUGUAUGAAUCAUCGCAUAGAAGUCCUCUUCGAUUCAAUUUCGAGGAACUGUCACCUCCAAAUAUUUAUUCUUCAAGUCUUUUGAUGUUAAAUAUCAGAGUACAAUGUUUCGCAAAUUGUCUCUAUCUUCUUGAUGGUCGUUUUAGUCAACGUCAUACGCUCUAUGUUGAUAUGGUUAAUGCUUAUUAUCCACAAAACUACAAAAAUCAAGUUAGUUUUGUAAGAAAUAUCUCUAUAUUGUCGAAUAACAAAAUUCUUUUUAGGGCGAUUUGCCAAAUCUAAGAUGUUUUUCUUUGUCUUGUUAUUUCAAAAUUUCGAAUUAUGAUGAAACAAUCCUACCAUUACUAUAUCGGAUGUCCAAUCUAGAGGUACUUGGUUUGUGUUCUACCGUCUGUGAUCGUGAGACAUUUAUUGAUGGAAACGAUUUGAAGAGACGCAUUAUUAAUCGUAUGUUACGCUUAAAUCAAUUCACAUUUUAUAUUAGUUCAUUGAUGUAUAUUGACAAUAAAAUGAAUUUGCCAUC